AUGAGCAACACUGUUCUGAUAUCGGCGACCCGCUACGAAGUUGUACAAAUCAAGAGAAGCCACAAGCAUUGGGAUGACUAUCUACGGACACGGCUCGAGGUAUACGAGGGCCAGGGCGUGACGGCAGACGAAGAGGUGGACGAGCACGACUUUGACGAUCUGUCCACUUUUCACAUGGUUUUGGUGGAAUUCGAGGGGAGCCCCGAAAAAACAGUCGAAAAAGUGAUCGGCACCGUACGGCUGCGUCCGGUCGGCAGCUAUUUGAAGUUGGAACGGGUAGCCCUACGCGAGAAUUGGCAAGGGCGAGGCCUCGGCGAGCUGAUUGUCAUCGAAGCGCUCAAGUACUAUUUUAAGAAGUUUCCGGAAAGAAUUAUGGUCGCCCAUGCUCAAGUUCAGAAAAUGGGGUUCUACGAGCGCAUCUACGCUGACAUUCCGGAAUAUUGGCGCACUUUUUUUACGGUGGCCAAAUUUGCGCAAGCGCUCCUGACCGUAUAUCUGCAAGGCGACGUGUCGCGUGCGCUCCGCGCUGUCGAUGAGGCGCUGAUCAUGGGAAGACCUGAGAAUUUGCCGCGCGACGGGCUUUUCAUCAAGCAUUUCGCCACGGGCCUCCAAAAAGCCACCCCGACGCCGGCCAUCGAUUUUCAUGCCAUCGCUUCCCACACGUACCUCAGUCCACCGCCCCGGAGAAUCGUGCCCCAGCCCUGGUGGGAGCUGGCGGAGUAUGAGCAUUUUGACGCCGAGCGGAUCGCCGAGAAAAUCGAGUCCGGGAUGCCGUGCGUGGUGCGAGGGUUUGCGGCGGGCUGGCCGGCCUCGGAGAAAUGGAGCCCCGAAUACUUGAGCAAUGUGGCUGGGGGCCGGACGGUGCCGGUUGAGAUUGGCAGUCGCUACGACGGCGACGACUGGAACCAGAAGCUCAUGACGAUCAACGAAUUCUUGAGGGACUUUUUGGUGAAGCAGGAUUCCGAAUCGCCCGGCUACCUGGCGCAACACCGGCUUUUCGACCAGAUCCCCGAGCUGCUCGACGAGAUCGAGCCCCAUCAGGUUGAGCAAAUCGGCGCCCAUGUUGAUUGGAAUAUGUGGUUUGGCCCUGGCGGCACCGUCUCGUCGAUGCACUUUGACCCAAGGGAGAAUUUCUUUAUUUACGGCUCGAAAUUCGUGCGCCUCGCCCACCCCUCCGACAGCGAGAAGCUGUGCCCGAGGGAGGAUUUGCUGAAAAACACGAGCCAGAUCAACAUGCAACACCCGGACGGGGACGUCGAGCGGUUCCCGAGCGUUGCCCAGGUGCAUACGGUGGAUGUGGUGUUGCACCCCGGCGACGCCCUGCUGAUCCCCAGCCAAUUUUGGCACUUUGUCAAGGCGCUGAACACGUCCAUCUCGGUGUCGGCGUGGUUUGACGCCAAA